GGACGAAGUGGCAGAAGUGCAUUCAAUCCCAAUCAAGACGGAGCAUCAAUCAUCCUUUAGAUGGGUAACAACAGGGCGAUGCUUUACAACGCACAUGGAGGGGGUAGGGGGUGGGUGGAGGGAACAGACAAAGAAAGGAGCAGUCCGGAAUUACCGCUGGAGUCGCCAUCACCACCUCCUGAGAGUACCACGACGCAACAACGGGCGCGAAUGAAGGAGCCGGAAUCCUCGUUUGUUCGUGAUGCCGGUGGGGCAGGAGCCGCACUUGUGUGCGUCCAAGACUCACCCGAUACUUGCUCGCAUCGGAGCACCGGGCCAAGGCGCCAGGCGCUAGGCUAUGGCAGCAUGCUAGGGCGCGCAGAAGCGCGAGUGCGCAACGCAAUUCCGACUAUCCGCGUUGGCGGAGCGCCGGGCCGUCGGCCAGAGAGGCAAAGGGUAGCAUCGGCGUUCAAACCGCGACAACAAAGAACAAGACGGAAGCAGCGGCAAGCAAGGGAACUCGGCAAUAACCAAGCAGAGCAGCAGACACAAGGCGCCAAGAGCCUUAGGGUUCCGGUACCACGACCGUCUAUCAGAGUAACAUCACGGGGUGCUGUGUUGCAAGGGCGACAGGAUGUUGCUCGGCCGCUAUCAGCAGGAGUAGGCGGGGAUCGUGCCGUGAACGCCGAGAGGCACGGCGAGAAGGAACACUACAGGAGAAAGAGCGCAAAGGCAAUCAGGGUGAGAGAGGGCGUAUGGGGGUAUGCGGACAAGGUACGGAAGAAGAAGAGGGGGAUUGCAAGGAAGGACGAGGGGCUCAAAGGGAGGAGAGAACAGGAACAGUCAGACUCAGCUGCUGACGAGGGGCUGGAAUUUGGGAGAGGAUGGGAGAACGACGAUGACGUGGGAGAUGGUGAUGACGUGGGAGAUGGUGCUGAGGAAGCUGGAAGAAGAGGAGGCGGGAGGGGGGGAGAGGCCGCAGCCAGAGAAAGGCUCAGCGGUGGGAUCGGGAUCGGGAUGGGUCAUGAGCAGCGGCUGCGAUCCUCCACCUCCACCGGUCCCGACUUGCUGUCCAGACCAGCUGGGCCUCCGCUGCCUCUGUUUCCAAUCCUACCCCCUGAAGUGGGUGGUGCACAGCCGUCACGUGCUGCACGGCUGCGACACUUGGCCAUAGACAAGGGGCAGAGUGCUGCUACAAGGUACUCGCUACAGACAUCUGCGGCCUUUGAUAUUGACCAAGAGGUAGACGGGCGGCUGGGGCUGGCUGAGAAUCCACCAGCUGCAGUCUCUGCAGAAGGUAGGGGAAUUGACGAGUGUCCUUUCAACGCGUCAAGGGGCACGACAGAUGGCAUCUUCACAGAGCUUCCGGAGGAGAAAGAAGAGGAUCGGGAUCGGGGUAGCUGCCAUGAAAAACGAUGCGAGUAUGAUGGGAAAGAAAGGGCCAAGAGCAGGGACGGGAAGAGGAGGAGGAAGGACAAGGAGGAGGAGGAGGAGGGGAGUGACAGGCACGAGAGGAAGAAGGAGGAGAAGAGGAAGCAGAAACAGAAAGAGGAGAAGAAGAAGAAGAAGAAGAGGAGGAGGAAGAGGGAACGGGAACCAGCAAGCUCUGCAGCCAUGGACGAUGACCGUCCCUUGGUGGGCCCAGUUGCCCUUGGGACUGGAGGGAGACGGCCAGGAGUUGAUGCCUGGUCUGGCACCAAGCUGGGUUCUGACAAAGGGUAUUUCUUUGAUACUCGAGGAGACAAGGAUAAUCUUGCCUUUGGCUGUCUUUAUCGGUUGGAUGUUGCAAGGUAUGAUCGUUUUGAAGGGGUUGGCAGUCAUCAAGCACAUGCACAUCGACGGCUCGCAGCGAUUCGGAUGCAAAGAAGCAUGGGACGGUUGGGCCCUGAUUGCGAUCCGGACGACUGUCAUCCGAAGACAGAUGGGCCACGGCGGGAUAUCCGGUACUGGGCGGGAAAACUGGCCAGGAUAUGUGCAAGUAACAGAUUGCGGCGAAUCAGGAUAGAAGCCAUGGGGAGGAGGAGGGGGAGGAGGGGCGGGAGGAGGGAGUUUCUCUCCGGUGGUGGUGAGGAAGAGUUCAUUUCGUUGGACGAUGAGGAGUGUGGGGUAGGAGGACGGAGCAGACAGCAGGGCCAGGUGACCGAUAGAGAUGGUGGAGGGGUAGGGGUAGGGGUAGGGUUGACAAGAGGGGGUGGAGGAAGGGAGCAAGAAGAAGGGGAGAAUUUGGAGGAGUGGUUGAUUCAUAGGUCGAAAGACUUCAGCCUGAGGACAAGAGAGAGACCUUAUGACGUAUCCCUGUGGUUGGAGUAUGCGGGGUUCCAGGACGAGUUCCUCCGACUAAACCAGAAGAAGGCGAACCAAGUGCAUGCGAUCGAGAAGAAACUGUCUAUCUAUGAGCGGGCGUUGGAAGCGAACCCGGAUAGCGAAGAUCUUCUGCUGGCUUACAUUGGCAGUUGUCGUCAACGUGAUGAUGCACAGACCCUGCAGAAGAAGUGGACUCGAGCUGUCACCCGCGUACCGGGCUCCUUCAAGCUGUGGUGGGAGUACGUCCACUGGCAGCAAUCGCAGUUCGCGUCUUUCUCUGUGACAGCCAUUCGACGGCUUUAUACGGAUGCGAUUCAAGCAAUGGUGUUGGCAAGGAACCGGGCAAAGAAGGAGAAAUUGCACAGACGUGAUGGAUACGAUGGAGGUGUUCUUGACGACGGCGGCGUUGAGAAAGCGUUGAAUGCAGAAGAGCAGCAGCAGCUGCUGCCGGAGAGAGUGGGAGAGAUUGAGAGGGAUGUUGUGGGCCUCUUCGCCGAUCUGUGUAGAUUCGAAUGGCAAACGGGAAAUAAGGAGAUGGCGGUGGGAAUGUUUCAGGCAGAGGUGGAGUAUGCGGUUUACUCGCCCCCUCUGAGCAUGAGCGAGGCGAACAAGAUGAGGUUAUUUGAAGCAUUUUGGGAAUCCGAUGCGGCAAGGGUGGGCGAAGAAGGGGGCAGAGGGUGGGCUGCUUGGGUGGAGGCACAGGAGGAGAGGAGAGUGGAGAUUAUGAGAGAGCAAAAGGAGGAGGAAGAAAGGAGGGAAAAGGAGGAGCAGGAACGAAAAGGUGGCUGGACAGGCUGGCGAGAUCUGAAGGAGGAGGAGUGGGGUAGAGAGAGAAAAAGCGGCAAAGGAUCGCUGGAGGAAAAAAAGAAACAGCUGGGGAAGGGAGGUGGAAAUGGGGAUAACGGUGAAAAUGAUGCAGAGGACAUCAGGGGUCUGGGAGAGGAGGAGUCAGAGGGGUCAGAGGAGGAGGAAGGAGAGGGGGAAGAACCUGAUGAGGAAGAGUUACUUCAGCAACUGGGGCUGACCUCUGGGCAGGAGCCUGAAGUUACAGACCCAUCGAUAUGGAGAAAAUGGGGAGAGGAGGAGAGGCGGAGGGAUCGAGAGGAGUGGCGGCCUUUGAGGUCCUCCAUGUCUGAUGAUGGUGAGGAGGUAGGUGGUAUGCAGGAGAAGGACGAAGAGGACUUGCUUGCGCGGAAGGUUGUAUUUGAUGAUGUGACGGAAAACCUCUUCUCCUUGGAAAGCAAGAAAGGUAAACAUGAGUUGAUCUUGGUUUUCCUUGAGUUCUGCAACGCACCCAUCCUCACUAAAUGCUCGAAUGACGCUCGUGCAAAGGAGAAACUGGAAGCUAUGGAGGCCAUCCCUCCAGGUAGCUUCUUGGUCGAUGGCCGCGGGAAAGCCACCAUGCCCGGUGCAAGAGGAGGGAACAGGUCCUCUUCUUCUGCAGACGCUCGAGCCUCAGUGAGGUGGCGUUCUGUCCAUGAGCUGCUGCUGACGUCAACACCUGUUUUGGGCCAUUUUGGGUCAAAGAAGGGCGUCGUUGCAAACCCAGACAGGAGAGCUGCUGUUGACGUCAACACCUGUACAGGCCAUUUUGGGUCAGUACAGGAAGAGCGAGAAGUAGAAGAAAAUAAAGAAGAAAAAGACGACUGUGGAAGUCCUCGGAGCUAUCUUUGUGCUUCUGUUGCAGGACGUGUCUGGUAUGAGGAAGCAGAGGGCCGCAAGGAUUUCGUGACGAACGUCUUAAGGGAAACAGCAACCUGUGUGUUCCCGAAGGAUGGUCGGCUUAUAGAGGGUUUUCUCAGGAUGGAGGCUGAAACGGGGGGCGGCAUUGGUGCAGCCAGCAGCUCGGCGAAACGUCUCUUGAAGAAUCUGAGAGAGGAUUUCGGCCUUUGGACGACAUACGGGCUGAUGCAGGGUGCUGCUGGGAACACUGACGCUUCUCGGCGGGUAUUCGAGAUGACGCUGAGUUAUCCCUCUUCCCGAGAUGCUGCCGCGUUCCUCUGCCUGGCCUAUGCGGAAACAGAGCUGUCAGUGCGAAGUGGCGGGAAGGGAGUGGUGUCAGGCCCUCAGGAGGAAAACGACAGCUUUUCGAGGGAGUCUCUGGGGAAACAACGCGCUCUGAAUGUUCUGACACGUUUCGGUGAAGGCUUUGGAUCUUUUGGUCAACCGAAAGAGCCCAUGGAUGGACUGGCCCAGCUGUCGUCAACGCGGAUUUUGCGUGCUCGUAAAGGUUACGCGCAUCUGAUGCAAGGGCUGCGAGUGGCUAGCGUCCGGAUUGGCCUCGAUGAGAGGGGUGCUGCUACUGUCGCCUGCACAGCUCUCUUUGAAUACUUGAGUGACGGAUGGGAAGCUGCAGCGACUGUUUACGAGGAGGGUCUGGCCAUGACUAUGCCAGAGAAGCGAAAGAAGAGCCUGACAUGCGAACUGCUCUUUCUGCGCUAUGUAGAUAUGCUUGCGUCGGAGGUCCCAGGUGUGAGGCCAGCGCAUCUGCGCCAGGUCAUACUCAGGGGUCUCGCAGACUAUCCCAACAACACCCGCUUGAUGCAUCUGUACUUGACAUUGGAAUCUCACUCUUCGCUGACCAACCGAUUGCGCCGCUUUCUCGACGAGGCGGCAUCUCGCCACCCGUCCACUCUCAUCUGGUUGGUUGCCUUCUGCACAGAGGUCGACCGCGAGGGGGCAAGGUCCCGGAUCCAUAACCUUUUUGAACGGGCGCUCGACGUCGCAAGGAGUCCGACGUGGCAAUCGGUCGUCCUGUGGCGCUGUUACGUCCUCUACGAGUUGAAGAUUGCCAGGAAUCCCGACAGAGCGCGCCGAAUAUUUUUCCGUGCGAUUCACGCCUGCCCGUGGUCUAAGAUUUUGUGGCUUGACGGCUUCUCUCUCCUCGGUUCGGUCCUUUCUGCCAAAGAGAUGUCUGAUCUUGUGGAGAUCAUGCGGGAGAAGGAGAUUCGGCUGCGCACGGAUGUGUACGAGAUUUUGCUCCAAAGACUACAAGGCCAGAUCACUUCCUGAGUUGCGCCAAUCUUCCGUUCCGUUCCGUUCCGUUCUGUUAAAGGAUCACUGCCUCUGACAAGGUUUUUCCGCAAAUCUUUUUGCAUGAAGGUCAUCUGUUUCGUGCUUUCGUGUGUUUAGAGCCAAACUCGUCAAAUCACCAGCCCCUUCACGUAACCCACCAAAUCCGCCAGACGAGUUGUCUGGCAGUGGCGGUUUUCGAUAAAGUGAAAGAUGCAGAAGCACUCGACAAACCCAACAUGUUUUUUACCCUGACGGCAGGUAACUCUCCAUCCACUCAUUGGAUUCGACAUAUAGGGCCUCGCUGCACUACGCUAGACACCUGAAAAAUUUCAAGAGUACAUCUAGCGCUGUCAGACUCCUGGAUUGGCAUCAAGUGCUGUCGUCUCUGCACUUACUCCCGACUCUCAACUCUCGCGAGCAUUCUUGACUGUCGGACAGAAGUUCGAGAAGCUGAAAAGACACUACACGACAGGGCAGCGACGAUUUGUCCAUGGAGACUGGACGCCAACUCUCGAAAUUUGUAAACCGCAUGAAGGUUCCGAUCGGUCUCGCUUGAAAAAAACGCCGCUGCAGGUGGGAACUGUGGAAAGCUUCAAGAGCUCGUCCGAAGGGAUGUUUCCGACACGUCUUGAAGCGCCAGACCACGAGUACUUUUCCACAGUUAGUGCAGCCAUGACUCACUCUCGAUGUUUUCGAGAGUGAAUCUGAAAGUGCUUGAAAUGAAAUUCAGGACGCGGC